AUGGUGAGAACUUGUGGAGCUUCCUCUAAGAAGACCCCUGCUUCUCAAUCCAGAAAGGUGCCCUCUCCAUCGCCUCCUCCAUCUGUGUCAACGACGCCUCCAUCUGUUCCAGCACCUGCCUCAUCUGUUGGGAAGACUUGCAGAUCCAAGGCGCGCAAGAAGGUGUUCUCCCUCUCUAAUGAGCACCCCAUGGUGUUUCCUGACAUCACAGCUGAUAUUGUUGAUGUUGCACCACCAUCUAAAGUGGUGGUGCCCUCUCUAGCCAAGAACCCAUCUCCUCUUCCAAUUGAUUCGUCUCUGACGGCUAGGGCAAAAUCAAAAUCUGUUUCAUCUUCUUCCAAAGCUGCUGCUCCUGGGUUACUCAAACUGCCCUUGAAGCCGAGCCAGUCCAAGAAAAAAUCUGUGGCUCCCAAAAGGAAAUUGGGAUUGGACACGUCUUCUUCCCCCUUGACUGCUGCCAAGAAAAGAUUGAAGGCUCAUCCCCCUUCUCUGUCUUCCUCCGAAUCUGACCCUGAGGAAGAAAAGUCUGAAUCUGAAGCAACCCGUGAUACCACCUUAUCUAAUGAAACUGUUCCUGACAAUGCAGAAUCAGAGGCUUAG